AUGGAGGAGCUCUACAAGGACACCCCCAACCUCCCCAUGGACGUCACCAGCCCGCCCUCGGCCAUGGCCAACAACAAGCUGGAGAACGGCGUGGCCCAGCUGAUAACGGCCGAAGCCUGGAACAUCAACUCGGCCGACCUGAUGAAGAAGGCUCUGUCGCCGCUGGUGACCGUCCCCGCGCCCUCCAUCCUGACGCCGCCGGCCGAGUCGCAGAGCGGGGUGGCCCUGAAGGUGGCCGCCACGGUGCUGCAGCCCAUUUGCCUGGGGGACAGCCCGGUGGUGCUGCCCAUCCACCUGCAGGUGGCCGGCAGCGCCGCGCCCCCGCAGAUGCCAGCCGCCGGCGCCUCCACCCCCUACGUGAUGACCACGCAGGGCCCGGUCCCGCUGCCCGUCCUCCUGGAGCAGCACGUCUUCCAGCACCUCAACUCGCCCUUGGGGCUGCCCCCGGGGGCUGCCUGCCCCGCCAGCCCCCUGCACGCCGGCCUCUUCCCGGGGGCCACCGCCCCCGUCGGGCAGCCCCAGCUCCUGGACCCCAAGCCCUCCGGCCAAGCGCAGGAGCCGGUCCUGCCCCCUGUCUUUCAGACGCCCGGCUUCGCCGCCGUCCUCCAGGACCUCUUUCCCUCGCAGGGCAGCCUGGGCUCUGCCGCCCCUUGCCAGCCUCCCCCCGACUACGCCGGCCUCCCGCCGCAGGCCUUCGGCUCGCCCCUCUCCCCGCUGGUGCCCCCCGCCACGCUGCUGGUGCCCUACCCGGUCAUCGUACCCCUGCCCGUCCCUGUCCCCAUCCCCAUCCCCGUGCCCAUCCCCGUGCCUCACGGCACAGAGACCAAGGCGGCCCCCGACCCGCCCAAGCCGCCGCUCUUCAUCCCCCACCCCUGCAAGGGGACCCAGACCCCCCUGGAGAAAGAAGAGACGAAGCCCUUGGAGCUGCCGCAGCCCCGGGAGCUGCCGCAGCCCCGGGAGCUGCCGCAGCUCAGCCGCCACACUGUCAUCAAGAUGGGAGGCGAGAACGAAGCGCUGGACCUCUCCAUGAAGGGGCCGCCCGCGCCCCGCGCCCCCGAGCCUGCCCUGCCGCCGCCGCCCGACGACGGAGCCCUGGACCUAUCCCUCACCUCCUGCCGCAAGCCCCACGGGGAAGCGGCCGGCAGCGGCCCCAGCGCCGUCGCCGAGGCCGGGGCGCACUCCGCGCCGGACAAGCUCUCGGUCCCGGCCGCCCCCUUCGUGCCCUGCAAGCCGCAGGAGGCUGCGGGCAAGGCGGCGGAGGGCAGGGGACCGGGCGGGGGCCAGCCGGAGCUGUUGCGGCAGCCGCAGAAGUGGCUGAUGGAGCAGGCGGGCAGGGCAGGCUGCGAGCCCAAGGCCGGCAACAACAUCGAGAUCGUCAGCACCUCGCAGACGGCCAAAGUCAUCGUCUCCGUCAAGGACGCCGUGCCCACCAUCUUCUGCGGCAAGAUUAAGGGCCUCUCGGGGGUGUCCACCAAAAACUUUUCUUUCAAAAGGGACCUGCCCCAGGACUCGGUGCUGCAGUGCUACGACGUGAAGAGCCCUCCGGAGCCCCGGGACGGCGCCGAGGCCCUCAGGAAACCGGUCAAAAACAGGAGCGUUAAGCUAAAGAAAAUGAACUCCCCGGAGAUCCACAUCCUGCCGAUCAAGAAGCAACGGCUCGCUGCCUUUUUUCCAAGGAAGUAA